AUGCCGUGCCCGUUCCGAAGCUCGCCUGAUGCAGACGGUUUUGUGCACUGUCCUAUCUGCCUGGCCGUUUGCUGUCUCACGCCCGAGGGGGGCAGUCUGAUCAAGUUCCCAGUCUUUGGCCUUGCCCAGUUUUCUUUUGCCCCAGCCGCUUGCACGGGCAUGGUUGUGUUCCCCUUGCCCGUGUGCAGGGAUUUUCACGGUGCUGGGCUGUCCAUGGUCUCUAGGACCAGCCCGCUCUCGGCCAUAAUAUUGAUUCUCCAGAUUUUAAGGUUUCCGAGACGUUUUCCUGCUGCGGCACCACAGGCAUCCCGCCCUGGAAUGGUUGCGCUUGAUGCCAUCGAGUGCCGUCGCAGCAUCGUCAUCAUGGAGGAAUCGCUCCUGUAUUUCAGUGUUCCCGCUCACCUGGGCUUGUAA